AUGGCGAUCUCCUUUCAGUCCUCUCCUCUGCUCUGGACCCGUGUGGCCGCUCUCGUCUUCACCUGCAUCACUUUCUCCGUCGCGGUUCACGGGGGCUGGCUCUACUACGGCACAGGGGACUGGUGCAUCUUCUGCUGGGCCUUUAGCUUCGCCGGGACCCUCCUCAUCCUCCUGGUGGAACUUUUCGGCGUCCAAUCUCACGUUCUCAUUUCUUGGAAGAACUUCCCGAUCACUUUCGCUUGCUAUGCCGCUCUCCUCUGCCUCUCCGCCUCCAUUAUCUUCCCCAUGGACUACCUCAAGGGCACCACCAUAUUCGCAUUAAGUGAGACCAACGGCUGCAGAAUCAUCUCAACUAUUUUCUCGUGUUUCGCAACAAUCGCGUACAUGGUGGAAGUCCGUAUCAGCAAAGCACGUCCGGGCAUAGUCACUGGCUACAUGGCUACAGCUCCCGGUCUUCUGAAGAUUUGCCAAACCUUCAGUGCUGCCAUAAUUUUCUUUUUCAUCAGUGACCCGAUUUUGUACGACCGGUUUGAAGCUCUUUCCUAUUGCAUGGCGGUAUAUUGUUUUUGCUUCAUCGUGUCUACUGGUAUCAUCAUCGUGUGUGUUUGCGAGUGCACAGGGCGUCUCCCGUUCUCGUUCUCACGCUUUUUAUGGGGGUACACUAUUCUGUCUGUUCUCUUGUACCUCUCUGUGGUGAUUCUGUGGAUAAUUUACAACUUUGACCCCAGAAAUGGCGGAGAGAGAGAGCGGCCGAGCAGUUGCCGUUACGGGCCCGGUGUGUGUAGUUGGGAUAAGAGGAUGGCGGUGGCUGUACUCACGGUCUUAAACUUUGUUCUGUACGUGGCCGAUCUGAUCUACUCCGCUCGCGUAUUUUUCGUCAGCUCCGAAAACUGA